CGUUCUCGCGGCUUUUUAGCUCAUCCUCUCCCCUCGUACUCCUCGUCGAGUUUCGGAGCCCGGCCACGAAAAAUAAAUCAGAAAAAGAUCGUGUGGGGGAGGGCUCGCAACUCCGGCGAUGAGAUGACCGCCCUCGUCGCCGACUCGCCCCCGCUCGAGCUGGCUCCCAUCGACUAUCCUUAGCCCCACCUCCUUCGCUCUGCAGCCCGGUCACCCUCACCGGAGCGGUGAGCUGCCAGACAGCUUCGCCGGAGAGGUCGCUUAAGGUUCCGCGGCGAGAUCUCCGAGAUUGAAAGGUGACGCGGUGAGGUAAUGCGGGGAUUGUGGUGAAGGGGAGGUGGGUUCCGCCAGCAUACAGGGGAAGAUGUUUGCAAGUCCUCUUCCACAUCCUAUUUCUGAUUCGAAUCGGAAGAUCAUCGAGACAAAUGGUCCACACAAGCGGUUGUAUCAAGUCUGGAAAGGAAGCAACAGAUUCUUCCUUGGAGGCAGGCUUAUAUUUGGUCCAGAUGUGAGGUCACUGGUGUUGACAAUAUUUCUAAUUGUAACUCCAGUAAUCCUGUUUGCAGUGUUUGUUUCGCAAAGACUGGUUGAUGAGUUCAAGCACCAUCUUGGUCAUAUCAUUGUAGCUAUAGCUAUUUCCUUAGCGGCAUAUGAUAUUUUUCUCCUCUUUCUUACUUCUGGCAGAGAUCCAGGCAUUAUUCCUCGAAAUGCGCACCCUCCAGAACCUGAAGAUGAUGAUGGUGUCUCAGACUGGGGGGGAGGUCAGGGCGGUGUCUCAACUUUGCCACCCACCAAAGAUAUUAUUGUGAACAACAUUGUUGUCAAGGUCAAAUAUUGCCAUACAUGCAUGCUAUAUCGCCCCCCUCGAUGUUCCCACUGCUCAAUCUGCAAUAACUGUGUGGAACGUUUUGAUCAUCAUUGUCCCUGGGUUGGCCAGUGUAUUGGAAAGAGGAAUUAUCGCUUCUUUUUUAUGUUUGUGUCCUCCACAACCGUCCUAUGUCUUUAUGUGUUUGCCUUCUGCUGGGUCAACCUCACAAAGAUCAUGGAAGUAUAUGAAUGUAAUCUGUGGAAUGCAGUUAUAAAAUCACCAGUUUCUGGUGUUCUCAUUAUAUAUACAUUCAUAGCAACCUGGUUUGUUGGAGGGCUAACAGCCUUUCACCUUUACUUAAUUUGCACCAAUCAGACCACAUAUGAGAACUUUCGAUAUCGCUAUGAUAGGAAUAAGAAUCCCUAUAACCGUGGAUGUGCCCGAAAUGUCUUCGAGAUCUUCUUCUCAAGGAUUCCGGAGUCCAAGAAUGAUUUUCGAGCUAAAGUGAAAGAAGAUUCAGCCACAUUCACCUCUUCACACUCUCUAAGGCGCAUGAUGAGCCCAGCUAAAAUGAGCUUCGACUUGGAGAUGGGUGGGAAACGACAGGCUGUGGUUGCAGAGGAGUUCGAAGAUAUACAGGGCCAGCUUGAGAGUGUGAGGGUGUUGGAAAGAUGUGACACCGAACCACUACAUUCAAACUGGGGCAGUCACAAGGGCAACUGGGAAAUAACUCACGAUAUAGAUGCAUUGGCUGCGGAGUUUGGAAUAGAAUAUGAAUUCACUGACAGAGGAAAGAUUCAAGGAAAUCCUCUAGAUGACAUUUGAAAGGCUUCUCUCUCUGGAAUUGCUGUUGCUGAUCCAGCGAACUGGAAAUCAACCCAGGAGUUAUGAAAACCAGGAUGGAGGCUUGGUUCUGAAUCCUGCAAGUGGGAGGGAGGUGUCACUUGUUAUUUAACUCUUAGUGAAUGGCUUUUAAUGUUUAGUAGUUAUAUCAUGUAAGGAUGCACUAAACACAAGCAGUUGCUUAUCAUGCUGGAGAAAUUUGUAAAUGUCUUGAAGGAGAUAAAUGUUGUUCCUGUGGUAACUUGUGGUUUGUGUACCGAUUUGCUUAUUAACCAGCUAAAGUUGAGAGCACCUCUUACCGAA